AUAGAAAAAUCUCCGGAGCCGCCGCGCGUCCAGCCGGCCACAGUUGCUUUUUAUUUUGAGGAAGCGGGGCGAGUUGGAGAGGCCGGAAGAGUCUCGCUCUCGGGCAGUGCCGGUGAGCCUAGAGUCCCGGUUGAUCACGCAGUUCAGCGACGGAGCCGGUCGGAUCAGUCCCGCGUGGAGGUGGGGCACUUGACCAGUCUUUCGCCCUUCACCGGGAGUUAAACGGGGGACUUCACAAAAGACACAGGAAGCUGACAGCAGCUUCACUUUCGGUUUUUGCGACAUCAGAGAGGGGAAGAGAGCGACGCAGUUUGCCGCCCUGCCUAGUCGCCGAGUCUCCGAGACAGCGCGCCCGAGUCCGCGGUGUGAGGAUGACCUUCCCUCCCCUCCUGGUCUUCUUAAUACUCCUGGCCGCGGUGCUCAUCUCAGGAGACCCAGACCUUAUGUCUGUGGAGGUCCCGGAGAGAGUGAACGGUACUGUCGGACAUUCGGUGGUUUUGCCCUGCACUUUAAAGUCUCCCUACACUGAGUACACGACCGUUGAGAUUGUCAUCAUCUGGAAGAUAAAGGUGUUUUACGAAGGGCCGGUAUUGUUCAACGUGACUAACAGGAGCAAGGGCAGCAAGGAGUUUGAGAAUGAAGUUCACACAAAUAUUGAAGGCCGGUACAGACUGGCUGGGGACCCGAGAAAGGGAAAUGCCGCCCUGGAGCUGCAGAACGCUACGCUGGAUGACAGCGAUCAAUACUUCUGCCGUGUGGAAAUUAGUCGGCAGGGCCUGGGCACCUUCAAGGCUGAGUCCAAACCUGGGAUCACACUGGAAAUAUUGGGUGCCCCUAUCAUCCUGCAUGUCUCAGUUAACGUAAUCAACGCCACCCAUUCUACUCUACAAUGUCUGGCAGAAGGGCAACCCUCCCCAAACAUCAUUUGGAUCGACCCCCACAACAAGAGGCUUCCAGUGAACGGCAGCGACACUCCCGUCACACCAGGACCGGGAAAGUUUCAGACCCUGGGAGAGCUACAUCACCCAAAGCUGGGGGGAAAUUACACCUGCCUGGUGGUAAACGACCAAGGAAACAGUACGGAGUCCGUCCACCUGCCCGAAACCGCGCAGAGCCAACACCGGCUCAUUUACAUCAUCGGAAUUCUGGUCGGAAGCAUCAUCGUGAUGAUUCUGAUUGUUAUUGUCUUAGUGAUCCUGAGGAGGAGGAGCGGAAGAGCAGAGUUUAACCCAACGCGCAGAAGGGCCCAGCCAAAUUCAUCGGAGUAUUCAAGAGCUAGUGUGCGUCUGCAGCAAACGUCAGCAGUGGUAAACAGGACUGAAGAGAACGGCUCUCUUGAGGUGGUGCCCCUUGUGCCUGAACCGAAUGCGACUGAAGAGAGCGUCUCUCUUACCGCGCAGACCUGGAUGCCUGAAGUGAACGUGAUUGAAAACGGCUCUCUUGUGGCAGUGUCCCGGACGCCUGAAGAGAAUUCAAUCGCAGAAAACGCCUCUCUUACGGCGGUGUCCCAGACGCCUGAGGAGAAUCCAGUCACAGAAAACACCUCUCCUAUGGCGGUGUCCCAGACGCCUGAGGAGAAUUUAGUCACAGAAAACGCCUCUCCUAUGGCGGUGUCCCAGAUGCCUGAGGGGAAUCCAGUCACAGAAAACGCCUCUCCUAUGGCGGUGUCCCAGACGCCUGAGGGGAAUCCAGUCACAGAAAACGCCUCUCCUAUGGCGGUGUCCCAGAUGCCUGAGGGGAAUCCAGUCACAGAAAACGCCUCUCCUAUGGCGGUGUCCCAGACGCCUGAGGGGAAUCCAGUCACAGAAAACGCCUCUCCUAUGGCGGUGUCCCAGAUGCCUGAGGGGAAUCCAGUCACAGAAAACGCCUCUCCUAUGGCGGUGUCCCAGACGCCUGAGGGGAAUUCAGUCACAGAAAACGCCUCUCCUGCGGCGGUGUCCCAGACGCCUGAGGGGAAUUCAGUCACAGAAAACGCCUCUCCUGCGGCGGUGUCCCAGACGCCAGAACUGAACGCAACUGAGGAGAGCGCCUUUCUUACUGCGCAGACCUGCACGCCUGAAGCGAACGUGACUGAAGACAAUGACUCGCUUGUGGCAGUGUCCUGUGUGCCUGAGCAGGACACGGAGGGGAGCGAUAAAUGAGUGGCCAAACUAACCCUGAGUUAAUGCUGCAGAGACUCACUACUAGGGACACACUUCAGCCAAAUCGAAUCUACUUUCAGGACAAACGGUGUAUGAGAGAGAGACUGAGUGUGAAUGUUAGUGUGUAUGUGUAUAUGAGCAUGUCUGCGUGUGGGUUUACCUGUGAGUAUGUCAGCGUGUGUGUGUAUAAAUGAACACAUCUGUAACGAGUGUCUGUGAGUGUGUAUGAAGAGCAUGUGUACAUUUACCAGUGUGUGUGUGCGUAUGUAGAUACAAUUCUGUGUUCGUGAUGUGUGUCCGAGAGUAUAUGUAUGUCAAUAAACCCACUUACCAGCCUAUGCAUGUCAGUGAGAGUGUGUUUCUAUAUCAGUCAGUGUGUGUAGAUGAGUGUGUACGUCGGUGAACUGUUUACAAGCAUGUCAUGUGUGUGUACGAGUGUGUGAGUGAGUGAGUGUGUUUGUGUGUAUUUAUCAAUAUAUAGCUGCAUUUGUAUCUGUGCGUAUUUCAGUGAGCUGUUUACAAGUGUGUGUGUGUGUGUGUGUGUGUGUGUGUGUGUAUGUGUGUGUGUGUAUGUGUGUGUGUGUGUGUGUAUUUAUCAGUAUAUCAGUGCAUUUCUAUCUGUGUGUACUGUAUGUCAGUGAGCUGUUUCCCAGUGGGUACAUCACUGUGCGCAUAUUUAAGUGUGUGUGAGCACAGAGAGUGCUGAGGAUGAACGACUGCUUUUAAGAUCCUUGAAGUGAGUGGACGAGUGGACACACGUGGAGCCGUGAAGCGGUGAAGCGGUUUCCCACAGGACAUAGAUUCUACCCUAGCAGGAUGUGACGUCCUGCCCAGCGGUGUGGUUCCAGAGCUUGGUAGACAGGUUGCAAACUUCUGCAGGAUCCGGCCAGAAUUGAUCCCUGUGGGAAGAUGCUGGUGAGCCUUGGCUGAGUGGAGCCAGAGUGCCAGACAUCAGACCUAAGGAGAAAGCGGCCAGAUGAGAGUUCUCUAACAACUUCUGCAGCUUCUAGGUGUUUUAAAAAAAAAAUUCCUCCCACUGGAAACUGAAUUUCAACGUUCAGACCGCAUUUGGAGCAUUCUGAGCAGUUUUGGGUCCCUUAUCAAAGAUAGGAUGUACGGGUGUGGGAGAGAGUCCAGAGGAGGUUCAUGAGAAUCAGUCCAGGAAUGGAAGGGUUAACAUAUGAGGUGCAUCUGGUGGCUCUGAGCCUGUACUCGCUGGAGUUCAAUGCACCACAUAUAGAUAAUUUAGUUACUAGCAAAAGUGUUUCCGCUUCGAGACCACCCCAAAGAUUAAUAUAUUUCCAUUCACCCGCUUUUCAGUUGAACAAAACUUCCUCUGGGUGUCAAAUAUUUAAUUCUUGGUGUGUUUCAUUCAUUAUUUAUUUAUUUCUUUGGCAUUCAGCACUGGGAAAACUUCUGAAAAAUGUUUGGGUUUUCUCAAAGACAUUCCAAACAAUGCAUAAAGCAGACCCUCCCUUCACAAGCCAAUGGCCUUUGUCUUUUUGAUUAGUUUUUCAUUUAGAGAAUGAGCAUGGUAACAGGCCCAGUGAGCUCGUGCCACCCAGUUCCGUCUGUCUUUGUGAUGUAGGAGGAAACCCAGACGGUCACGGGGUGAGCGUGCAGACUUCUUACAGACGCCAGAAUUGAACCCAAGUCACUGACACUAUAAAAGUAACUGUGCCAUGACUUUUGCGUUUGUGUGGAAUGGGGUUCUUGUACUGGGUGAUAAUAUUGGAUUGUACCCACUGCACUGUUGUAACUUGAACUCAUUGUUAACUGCUGCUCACUCAGAAAUGUUAGUGCAAGACAUUUCUGUUCUGUACAGGUAUUAGCGGGCCGAUGUUUGACAUGUGAACAGAAAUAAAGAACGUUAUUGGUUAUGAGUCAGAGAGUGCUGUAGCUCAGAAACAGACCCUUCAGCCCAUCUAAUUUGUGCUAAACUGUUAUUCUACCUAGUCCAGUGGACCCUCACCUGGACCAUACCCCUCCCAUCCAUGUACUUAUUCCGACUCUAAUGGGUUCCCAUGGUCAGAUACGUCUUUCACUUCUAAAAAUUCUCCUGUGCUUCUAGCAGGAUUUUUGUAGUUUCUCAGAUAAACUUGUAUCCUUCUUGGUUUUCAUGUGCUGAGGUGAGUGACAGAGGAUCAUGUCUGCUUAUGGUUAGCUGAUGUUCAUGUAGUCAUGUGGAUAGUUUUUCCUCCACCUGUCCUGCAUCUUAUUUCCUCCAUUUCUAAACUCCGAGACUCUGCAG